CUCAGCUAGAAACACCUGCUCACCUGGAAAAGCUGUUGGACUCACCUGCUCAGAGCCUGUCAGGUUGGUGGGAGGAGCCAGUCGCUGUGCAGGAACACUGGAGGUGAAACAGGGACACUGGAGACCAGUGAUUUACUUUGACUGGAUCCUGAAGACAGCAGCUGUUGUCUGUAGAGAUCUGGACUGUGGCUCUGCUGUUUCUGUAGGACAGAGAGAGGAGUCCUCAGACAUGCCUGUGUGGUGGAUCAGCUCUGACUGUGUUCAGUCUGGAUCUGCUCUGAGGGAGUGUGUAAGAUCAUAUUCCUCUCUCUUCAUCCUGGAUCUCACCUGCUCAGACCUGCUGCUUCAGCCCAACAUCUCUGUGUCCUCCUCCGUGAACGGGGUCUCCGAGGCCCAGCAGCAGGGGUUUCAGGUGUCCAGGGGCUCCACCUUCACCAUCAGCUGCUCCAUCCAGCCACAGUACCCAGGAGGCUCCUUCCAGCUCGCCUUCACCUCCUCCAUCACAUCACACAACUACACCCAGCCAGCUGUCAAUCACUCUGCCCACUUCCUGUUUCCUGCUGCAGAGCCCGCCCACCAAGGAAGCUACAGCUGUGUUUAUCACCUCCAUGUUUUUUCUCAUGACUUCUCCUCUGAGAGCCGUCGGCUGUCUCUCACUGUCUCAGAUCCAACAGGUCUUCUCAUCAAAGUGGUCGUCCUGCCGCUGACUCUGCUGUUGGUGAUCGCUGCCCUUUGUUUCUACUAUAAGGCCAGCAGGGGGCAGAAGCCGGGCAGGCAGGAGAACAUUGAGCUGGAUUAUUAUAACGUGGGUGUUUCUGCAGCUGAAGGAGGGUCGACUGAAGAGGAAGGAGCUCGGGGAGCAGAGUAGGACCUCCAAGGAGCUCAUCUCAGCUGCCUCACAACCCACCAUCAGCUCAGUCAAGGAUUUUACACUUUCAUACUGAUGUUCCCUUUAAACAAUACGGCUGGAAUUAUUAGAUUACAUUAUAAACUCUGUUUUUAUUACUCUCAACAUGAACAGAGCAAAACAAAAAACAUCUUAGUCUUUUUAGAUUUCCUGUGGCUCUCAGCUCCAAGCCCAUUGGCUCCUACUGAAGACGUCAGAUUUGAUUUGGAUUUUUAAUUUACCAACAGGUUUCAUUGGGCUGGCAAUGACUUAAACAAGUGACAAAGACAGCAAGAUAUUGUGUUGUGAUAAAUCUUAACUUCUUCUAUGUUGUUGUUUUUUAAAUUUGUACUGAAAAUGUCAUGUCUUCCCACCCUCUGUUGAACCAUGGUUGGCAUUGUCAAGGAAAUUAUGUUCCUGGUAAGGGAUUAAACAUAUAAUUGCAACCAAC